UGGUCAGCUCAGGAUGAAGGGGAAACACUGAUCAGCAAUAAUACACUGAGUUUACUGUGUGCUCACACAGAGGGUGCACUGUACUGCAACUCAUGGAUCUGCACUGAAGAAGAAACCUCUUUUUUGCAUUAUUUUGUUGGAUUGACAUAUAAGGAAACAUCACCCUGCAUGACAGAUCUGGGCAAUAGCACCCCAUUUGUAUCCAACAGCAUGAGUGGAGAAGUGGUUUAUUCUGGCUGGUUAAGGAAAUCUCCCCCAGAGAAAAAGUUAAGAAGAUAUGCAUGGAAAAAACGCUGGUUUAUUCUUCGAAGUGGUCGAAUGAGUGGGGACCCAGAUGUGCUAGAGUAUUAUAAGAAUGACCAUGCCAAGAAACCCAUACGUAUUAUCAACCUCAGCUGCUGUGAACAGGUGGAUGCUGGGCUGACGUUCAACAAGAAGGAGCUGCAGGACAGCUAUGUGUUUGACAUUAAGACUAGUGACCGCACCUUCUACCUGGUGGCCGAAACCGAGGAGGAAAUGAACAAGUGGGUCAGAAGCAUUUGUCAGAUCUGUGGUUUUAACCAAUCAGAGGAGAAUGCAGACUCGUUGAGAAAUAUUCAGUCUAUAAAUCACGGCCCCAGAUCCUCCCCUGCAGAGUUCAGCAGCUCCGCCCACCUCCUGCUCAGGGAACGAAAGUCUUCUGCACCAUCUCACUCUAGCCAUCCUACGUUAUUCACAUUUGAUUCACCUUCUAACCAUGUUCACCAGACCACCUUAUCUGCAAGUGCCCCCCAGGACUAUCUGUAUCUACAUCAAUGCAUGAGUCGAAAGACUGAGAAUAUGAGAAGUGCCAGUUUUUCUCAAGCAACAAGAUCAUCGUUUUUCAUGCGGAGUGAUACAGCUGUUCAGAAGCUUGCGCAAGGAUAUGGGCACUGUUUAAAUGGAGUUAGUGGACAAGUUCAUGGUUUCUAUAGUUUACCAAAGCCGAGUAGACUCAAUUCUGAGCUCAGGGAUAGCGCGUACGAUCUCCCUAGAAGCUUUGGCUCGGACACUCCUACAAAGUCAAGCCUUUCUGGGUUGGAAUUGGAAAAUGAAGACAGUUAUAGCUACAAAACACCCAACAAUACUUUAUGUAAGGAGUUUAGUGAAUUGUCCACAGAUUCAUAUGACCUCCCUGGGACACCUUUCUCUGUGUACCAGAUACCAAGAACAUUUACUUUGGAUAAAAAUCACAAUGCCCUAGCUCUUGCUUCUAAUGACUUCCAAUCUGCUCCCCCACCACGACCCCCAAAACCAGGACAAGCAGAGACUCGGUGGGGUAGCCAAAACCAGUCUCUUAAUGGAGAAAAUGGGGGAGUAGUUUCAGUCUCCAUUCCAAGGAGGAACACUUUGCCAGCAAUGGAGAAUAGACGUCAUCGAGCAUCUUCCUGUGAAGCCUAUGAUUACCCUCACCUUGGCGACCUCAGAGCUGAACAGUCUGUGGAGUCCAUAAAUGAUGGUUUUAAUUCUUAUCUGCAAACCAAAUCUUCUAUGGUUCGUUCUGAAAGUGCUGAUUCUGAAGACAACUAUGUUCCCAUGAACCCGGGUUCCUCAUCUCAGUUUAAUGUUGAAAAGUUGAAUGACAAUGCCCAGAGUGCCUAUAUUCCUAUGAGUCCUGGGCCUCAUCACUUUGAUUUGUUGGGAUUUUCCUCAGCAACACUUCCUGCCCGUAAAGGAAGUACCGCCUCCCUGUGUAUUAGGCCGACUCGUGUAAGUGAGAUCCAGCCUCCGCCAGUGAACCGAAACCUUAAGCCAAAUAGGAAAGCAAAGCCAACACCACUGGACUUAAGGGGUACGGCAAUCAUUGAUGAACUUCCAUUCAAAUCACCUGUUACAAAAUCUUGGUCUAGAGCAACACAUUCUCUGAAGUCCAGCUCAUCUCAAUACUGCCGCCCAGUGUCCACACAGAGUAUUACCAGUACCAGUUCUGGAGACAGUGAAGAGAAUUAUGUUGCCAUGCAAAAUCCAGUAUCUGCGUCCCCGGGGAACAGUGGAACAAACAGCCCAGCUCAGAAAAAGAGUAGCGGCAGCGUAGAUUAUCUGGCACUAGACUUCCAGCCUGUGUCACCCAGUCCUCACAGGAAGCCUUCCACAUCAUCUGUAGCUUCUGAUGAAAAGGUGGACUACGUACAAGUAGAUAAAGAGAAGACACAAGCCUUACAGAACACCAUGCAAGAAUGGACAGAUGUGCGUCAGUCGUCUGAGCCAGCCAAGAGUUGCAAGCAAUGAAAGAAUUCUACCAAACAGUUCAUGAAGAGAGCAGGAAUAACAACAAAAUGUAAAGCCACCUUGCUACCAGCUAAAGCUCAAUUUUAUUCUGCUUAUUUGUUGUUGGAUUUUAUCCCAACCUUUGGUACUCAAGGAUCUAGCAAAGCAUUUUAGAUCUUAUCAAAUGUUGAUUUGUGAGACACCUGUGCACUAGACAUUCAGAAUGAGUUCAUGGAACCCCCAGCCGUUCCAGGCACAGACCUGUUUUAGUAGUGUAUUCUUAAUAUAUAGUGGUAAUGGCCUUUUAUGUACAUAUUAUUGAGUGUUCUCUUGGCAGUGUGAUGCGCUCUAGCAUACUAGGCUGUGUAAAUCUACAAAUCUUUUUAGCUAGUAAUAGUAAUAGAAGCUCACAUGAUAACUUCAACAGAAGGAUAUCUACUUGUUUCUGUACCAACACCACAAAGGAAACGUUUACCACGAAAGUGAACGUCUUGAAUUGACAUUUUUAUUGGAAUAAUGUUAAUGAAUAUUAAAAUGUGAGAAGUAGAAGAAAGCAAUGAAUAGAUGUGCCUUUGAUAUUC